GUCACUCCAAUCCGCUAGUUACCAUUUGUUUACAAACUUUUUAUUUGUUUUUAUUUUGAAUAUAUUGAAAUGUCGGAAUUCGACACGCGACUUAUAGAGUUGGUAAGAGCCAAUCCCAAGCUUUAUGAGCGGGAACUAAGGAGCACCCCCUACGAAGGCAAUAAAAAGCGGAAUACGGAAAUCUGGCGCAGCAUCUCCACUUCAUUAAAUACAGAUGCUGCUGCAUGUGUCAGUCGGUGGAAACAUUUGGUUGCCAAGCAGCAUAGGGAGUUGGCCAAAGAAAAGUCCGGAGGUACUGCCUCCGAUUGGAGCCUCCUGCCGCAACUACAUUUCCUGCAACGUCACCUUUACCCCAAUAAUCAUCGAAAUUCGGGGGAUGUGACUAGGAAUUCACUGAAAUCCAUUGAGGAAGUCAACGACGAGGAGGAUCCGCUACAGGAGGCCAUGGAUGAGCAGUUGGCCGUGGCGGGAGCACCACUACCAGCCCCAAAUCCUGCUCCUGCAGCACCCGCCACUCCCGCUAAAACGGAAAAAAGGAUCGAGGCCCUGCUUGAAGGACUGGGAGAAGCCAACCGGAUUAAGGCUGAGAAAAGGAUUCUCGCCUACCUUUGCAAAUGUAAUCUGCGCGCCCUCAACGAAGAGCCAAUCGAUGAUAUAGUUAUAUAGAAAGCUUUCAAUAAUAGAAUACGAUUAGUCACUUAUUUUAAUUCAAUUUUAAAAUCAAUCGAAUUCAUCACAGUGAUAGCCCAUUUACUACUUCUUAAGUUACAAACUUAAUAUUUCCUUUUAACUUUGUUGCAACAUUCAAAUUUGUAAAAUCAACAUAGAAUUAUUUGAAGAAUUAAGAUUCUAUUGCUCAAAUUCUGAGCGACAUAAUAUCACGAAUGUCUGAUUAAAAUUAACAGCUUACUUAUGAGUUCUAACUUAAAAUAAUAAUCUGAUAAAAUCCUUUCGAUGGUCUAAAACUGUAAUACUUCAACUUAAAGUUAAUUUUAAGUAAAAAUUUUGGACUCUACAAAUGCAUGUUUUCUUUCUGUAACUGAGCA